UUGGAGCCUCCCGUCAUCGCAAAGUGAUCAUGAAUGGUAUUCUAGAGAUUCCUGCAUAAAUGUCUUAGGGAAUGCUAAUAUGUUUUUCCAUUGUCCUCUGCAUCGUCUUUGGGAGUGUCUGGAAGGCGGACUUGCACGCAAAUUCGCGUACAGAUUUUCUUGAUCUCCAGGUAUGGCAAUGUUAUGUCGAAUGCUCGUUGUUCUUUUGGCGGUUGUUGUCGAUAGCGUUCAGAGUGCUGCUGUUACUUCGGGUGACGUAUAUUCUGGCCAACCGAUCAACGGAGACAAAGGCGCUCCAUUGCUUGGAGGCACGAAUAAAGCGAUCGAUCUUCAGAACCCCGAUAAUCUCGGCGCCCAAUCCACUGACAGCGGAUCUGUCCCGAACUUGAAAUGGAGUUUUUCAGAUAGCAAGACAAGGCUCCUGCCGGGAGGAUGGGUUCGACAGCAGGUCACUUCCGAUCUCCCAUCGAGUCAUGAUAUUGCUGCCGCCCAGCAACAUUUGAAGAAGGGAGCAAUUCGCGAGUUGCAUUGGCAUCGGGUGGCUGAAUGGGGAUACGUCUAUGCUGGAGAAGUUCUUGUAUCCGCCGUCGACGAAUUUGGAAGAUAUCAAGUGGAGCGUCUUGGUGUUGGAGAUAUUUGGUACUUUCCAAAGGGAGAAGCGCACACUAUACAAGGUCUGCAUGACGAAAACGAGUACCUCCUGGUCUUCGAUGACGGGAACUUUGAUGCUGUGGGUGUCACGUUCAACAUCGAUGACUGGAUUAGUCAUACGCCAAAAUCCAUCCUUGCUAAAAACUUCGGGCUUCCCGAGUCCGUGUUCGGUUCGGUUCCCUCCCCGAAUCCUUAUAUCCUCAAUGCGACAGUGGACACUCGAAACGUCACUGGCCCAGCUGGCGAACUCAAAGGUAAUAGUUCGUACGUCUAUCGAUCGGCAGAUCAUCCUACAGAACCAGUCCCUGGACGAGGCGGCACCCUUCGAAUCGUUGAUACCAAGACCUUCCCAAUUGCGACUACCCUUGCUGCAACCAUCGUCACACUGAAGCCAAAGGGACUGAGAGAGCUUCAUUGGCACCCAAAUGCCGAGGAAUGGCUCUAUUUCCACAAAGGCGAAGCCCGAGCCACCGUCUUCAUCGGAAACUCGAAUGCGAGGACUUUCGACUUCAGCGCAGGCGACACGGGGGUGUUCCCGGACAAUAGCGGCCAUUACAUCGAGAACAUCUCCGAAACGGAAGAACUUGUGUGGAUUGAGAUAUACAAGAGUGACCGCGUUGCUGAUAUCUCAUUAACCCAAUGGCUGGCACUGACUCCUGCUGAUAUCGUGGCAAAUGUGCUGAAGAUUCCAAUUGAUAUUGCCUUGUCAUUGAAGAAAGAGAAGCAAGUGCUAAUUGAGGGAUAAGGCUCAUAGAUUUUAGGAUAUCUAGUUGACAGUUCGCGGUUCAGACGCGCUCAGUAAUGUGAGAGAGAGAGAUUCAUACGCCCGUCAGGCCUCUCGGCGAGGCCCAUGUGGGGAACUACCUAAGCUGACUAAUUACAUACAUUGCGCUCAGUAAUGUAUAAUAGGUGGGGAAGGUUGUCCUCGCGCGGUGACUGAUUAAGUCACGUGAUAAACAUCUGUUUCGUUAUAGACCAAUCAUAGCACAGGAUUC